AUGUGUUUUCGUCCUCCACCACACCACCGUCCUCCACCAUGGGUCCUCCAUGCUUAUGUCCUCCACCAUGCAGAUCCUCCAUCAUGCCACAGUCAUCACCACCACAGUCAUCACCAUGCCAUUAAAGUAGCACUACCACUGAACACCACCGUCCUCCACCAUGUCCUCCAUCCUGCGCUGACCAUACCACCGUCACUCCAUCAUACCACCACACCACAGGUCCUCCACCAGCCACCACAGUCCUCCACUGGCACCGUCCUCCACCAACCCACUGCACCCACUACACCCACUCCUCCACCCACCUCCACCACCCAGUCCUCGGUUACAGAAUCCCGCACCUUUAUGAAGUCCAGCCCAUGCAGCCUCCACCUGUCUCCACCACACCACCCAGGUUCCAUCGGCGGCCAGAGGAACUGCACAGGUCCUCCACCCAUGGUCCUCCAUCUGCCACACCACCGUCUCCACCAUACCGUCUCCACAUGCGUCCUCCACCACACCACCGUCCUCCACCAUUCCUCCAUCAUACCACCGUCCUCACCACACCACCGUCCUCCACCACACCAUGCCCCACCACACCACCCAGUCCUCCAUCCAUGCCACGUCCUCCACCACACACAGUCCUCCACCACACCACCGUCCUCCACCACACCACCGUCCUCCACCACACCACCGUCCUCCAUCAUACCACCGUCCUCCACAUACACCACCACCGUCCUCCACCACACCACCGUCCUCCACCAUACCACCGUCCUCCAUCAUACCACCGUCCUCCAUCACACCACCGUCCUCCAUCACCGUCCUCCACAUACCACACCACCAUACCACAGUCCUCCAACCAUCACCACCGUCCUCCACCAUACCACCGCUCCAUCCCACCUCCUCCAUACCACCGUCCUCCAUCAUACCACCGCCACCUUCCUCCAUCAUACCACCGGGGCUCCCACUAUACCACCGUCCUCCAUCAUACCACCAUCCUCCAUACCACCGCUCAAUCCACCAUACCACCGUGUACCACCGUCCUCCAUCAUACCAUACCGUCCUCCACCAUACCACCGCCUCCACCACACCACCGUCCUCCACCAUCACCACACCACCGUCUCCACCACCACCGAUCCUCCACCACGCCACCGUCCUCCACCAUCAUACCACCGCCCCACCUUGCCAUCCUCCACCACCACGUCUCCACACACCACCGCUCCAUCGUACCACCUCCCUCCACAUACACCGCCUCCAUCACCAUCCCUCCAUCCACCGCCUCCAUCAUACCACCGCCUCCAUCAUACCACCGUCCUCCACCAUACCACCGCCCUCCACCAUACCACCGUCCUCCAUCAUACCACCGCCUCCAUCACACCAUACCCACCGCCUCCUCCAUCAUGCUCACCGCCCUCCAACACACCACCGCUCCUCCAUCAUACCACCGUCCUCCAUCACCCACCGUCCUCCAUCAUACCACCGCUCCUCCACCAUACCACCGUCCUUCCAACACCGUCCUCCAUCAUCAUACAUACCACCGUCUCCAACCACACCACCGUCCUCCAUCAUACCACCGCCCUCCUCCACCACCACCGCCCUCCACCAUACCACCGUCCUCCACCUCCAACACACCACCGCCCUCCACAUACCACCGUCCUCCAUCACACCACCGUCCUCCAUCAUACCACCUUCCUCCAUCAUACCACCGUCCUCCAUCCAUCUCCAUCAUACCACCACCCUCCUCCAUCAUACCACCUUCCUCCAUCUUCCAUACCACCGUCCUCCAUCAUACCACUGCCUUCACCAUACAUCAUACCACCGCCCUCCAUCAUACCACCGCCCUCCACCAUACCACCGCCCUCCACCAUACCACCGUCCUCCAUCAUACCACCGCCCUCCAUCACACCACCGCCCUCCAUCACCACCCUCCACACCACCGCCCUCCAUCCAUCAUACCACCCAUACCGCCUCCAUCCCAUCACACCACCGUCCUCCAUCAUACCACCGCCUCCACCAUACCACCACACCACCCACCGCCUCCAUCAUACCACCGUCCCUCCAACACACCACCGCCCUCCAUCAUACCACCGCCCUCCAUCAUACCACCGCCCUCCAUCAUACCACCAUUCCUCCACCAUACCACCGCUCACCAUCCGUCCUCCAUACCACCGCCUCCACCAUACCACCGCCUCCACUAUACCACCGCCCAUCCAUCAUACCACCGCCCUCCACCAUACCACCGCCCUCCAUCAUACCACCGCGCUCAUACCACCAUACCACCGCCUCCACCAUCACACCACCAUCUCCUCCAUCAUACCACCGUCCUCCAUCAUACCACCAUCCUCCAUCAUACCACCGCCCUCCAUCAUACCACCUCCAUCAUGCCCUCCAUCACCGCCUCCCUCGUCCUCACCAUACCACCGCCCUCCACCAUACUACCGUCCUCCAUCAUACCACCGUCCUCCACCAUGCCACCGUCCUCCACCACACCACCGUCCUCCACCACACGUCCUCCACCAUACCACCGUCCUCCACCAUGCGAUCCUCCACCAUACCACCACA